AUGCGGCGCCAUCUUGCGUGCGGUGGCCGCAACUGUCGGCCGCGAAAGGACACGGACACGGACACGGUUACGGAUGUGGAUGUGGACACGGACGCGAGCGUGAGCGCGGCACCGCGACCAAUAGAUUUGGCCAAGUCCGAGCGAACUGAAGACAACGAGAGUUGCAGCCCGCCAAAGGACAAUCCAGGACCACAUGCAACAAUCGCAGCUACUGCGACGUCGACUGCGGCUGAGACGCCGGCCGAGGCUGCGACUGGGGCAGAGGCGGCGACUGGUGGAAAAAGGAAAACAGACAGAGCGGAAGCGAGCUCCGGCGACUUAUGGCCAUGUUUGUUGUACGGGUAA